AUGGCUCCGAGCGCUCAGGCGGGCCCGGGCCGCGGGCAGGCCCCGGCCGCGGGGAUCCGCCACGGCAUCCGCGCCGUGCUGCUGGGCCCGCCCGGCGCCGGCAAGGGCACGCAGGCCCCGAAGCUGGCCGAGACCUACUGCGUGUGUCACCUGGCUACCGGCGACAUGCUGCGGGCCAUGGUGGCCUCGGGCUCCGAGCUGGGCAAGCGGCUCAAGGAGACGAUGGAUUCGGGGAAGCUGGUGAGCGAUGAGAUGGUGGUGGAGCUGAUUGAGAACAACCUGGACUCCCCUCCCUGCAAGAACGGCUUCCUCCUGGACGGCUUCCCGCGCACCGUGAAACAGGCAGAGAUGCUGGAUGAGCUCCUGGAGAAGAGGAAAGAGAAGCUCGACUCCGUCAUCGAGUUCAGCAUCCCCGACUCGCUGCUGAUCCGGAGGAUCACGGGACGGCUGAUUCACCCAGCGAGCGGCCGCUCGUAUCACGAGGAGUUCAGACCCCCGAAAGAGCACAUGAAGGACGAUGUCACUGGAGAGCCCCUGAUCCGGCGCUCGGACGAUAACGAAACGGCCCUGAAAACGCGGCUCAAGUCCUACCACACCCAGACCUCCCCCCUGGUGUCCUACUACAGCAAGAGAGGGAUCCAUACGGCCGUGGAUGCCUCCCAGUCCCCCGACGUGGUGUUUGCCAGCAUCCUGGCAGCCUUCACCAAAGCAACAUGUAAAGACCUGGUUAUGUUCAUUUAAAGCUCCAUCCCAGGAUGGGGUUCUCUUUUUUUUUUUUUUUUUUUUUCUCCUCUCUCUUUCUCUGUUCUGUCUCUCUGGGGCCGAGGAGGGUGAAGAGCUGAGCAGAGUAGAAGGGGAAGGGAUGAGGUGAUGCAGCCCAAGGCAGGGCUGUGCUGAUUCUCUAAUUUAAUUAAACGAGCUGUUAACGGUUUCGAUGUGGUUAUAUGUGAACGUCAGUCUGUGUGCAGAUGUUGGGAUUUUUGGCCUCUAGAGGCCGCAGCGAGCCCAGGCUCCAGCUGCCAAAAUGGGCUCUGCACUCCUUUGGGUGAAAAAGCCUUUGUUUCAUCCUAGAAAUGCUCCUCUCUGAAAGGAACUGUACUCGCAGCUCCUCCCAGCUACCCCACAGGGGCCUUGGAGAAGGUUGGGGAUGUGGGGCAAGGAUUUCCCAGGAGAUGUGAAGCUGCAGGAUUGAAACCUGGGAUUGCUCUGUUUACGUGGGAGCAGCCUGAGGGACAGCCUUGGGGCUGGAUGAUGAUGGAUUCUCCUUGUAUGUGUUUUAUUCCCUGUGGGGUAGCAGGUUCCUGUUCUGAUGGCACUUGAUGGGGGGUUUCAACCUUUAUUUAUCUGUGGGAUUUAUAGCAAAUUAGUGAGAUGCUGCUUUUUAAUGUGAAAUCUGUGGUCAGAGUCUGACGGUUACUGUGUGGCAGGUUGGGAUGUCCUGAGGAUGAGAAAAGGAGUUGGGUUUUAACUCUUCACUCUUGCCUUGGUUUUGACCAAGGAGAGGAAGAUGAAUUGAGCUUCUCCUGAUCCCAAAGUCUAAAUAUAAUAAAGCCUUAUUGCAAAACAAA